AUGCGCAGCCGUUUCCUCCAGGGCGAGGGCACAGACCCAAAGGACGUGGCCAAGCUGCGCGACUCCGUCAAGAACGGUACCCACGUCUCCGUACGCCUGCUGAACUACCGCCGCGACGGCACGCCCUUCUGGAACCUGCUCACCAUGACGCCCAUCAAGGGCGACGACGGCCGCGUGUCCAAGAUCGUGGGCGUGCAGGUGGAUGUGACGAGCCGCACGGAGGGCCGGGCCAACCGCGAUAACGUGCUCAUCAAGUACGACGCGCGCCUGCGCGCCAAGAACAAGCCCAACUUCGAGGAAAUCGCGUCCAGCGUGCAGGGCGCGGAGACGAGCGCCGGGGAGAAGGUGGAGCUGCCGGGCUACGGUGCACCGAAAGCCUUCCCGCGGGUGGCGCUGGACCUGGCCACCACGGUGGAGCGCGUGCAGCAGAACUUCGUGGUGUGCGACCCGUCCCUGCCGGACUCGCCCAUCGUCUUCGCGUCGGACGCCUUCCUGGAGCUGACGGAGUACUCGCGCGAGGAGGUGCUGGGCCGCAACUGCCGCUUCUUGCAGGGGCCCAACACUGACCGCGCCACGGUGGCCAAGGUGCGGGAGGCGAUAGCCAACGGGCGGGAGUGCACCGUGCGGCUGCUGAACUACACCAAGAGCCAGCGGCCGUUUUGGAACAUGUUCACGUUGGCGCCAAUCCUGGAUGUGGAUGGCACCAUUCGCUUCUUCGUGGGCGUCCAGGUGGACGUGACAGCCAAGGUGGACCUGGAGAAAGUGCCUCCCAAGUGGGAGGAUGUCCAGCCACCGGAGGCCAAGCCCGCACAGGAGGGCAAGGCCGUGGCAAGCAACAUCGGCAACGCAUUGCAGCAAAUAGGCUGGGGCCCCGACCCAUGGAUGUCCCUGUCUGGCAGCAUCCUGAAGAUCAAGCCCCACAAGGUGGCCUCGGACAGCGGCUACCAGGCCCUGCUCAACGUGCAGACCAACGAGCGCAAGCUGAAGCUGAUGCACUUCCGGCGCAUAAAGCAGCUGGGCUCGGGCGACGUGGGGCUGGUGGACCUGGUGCAGCUACAGGGCACCAGCAUGAAGUUUGCGAUGAAGACGCUGGACAAGUGGGAGAUGCAGGAGCGGAACAAGGUGCAGAGGGUGCUGACGGAGGAGAAGAUCCUGUCCCUUGUGGACCACCCCUUCCUGGCGACCCUGUACUGCACCAUUCAGACAGAUAUGCACCUGCACUUCGUGAUGGAGUACUGCGAAGGCGGGGAGCUGUACGCCUUGCUGUGCUCGCGAAAGCGACUGCAGGUGGAUGCGGCACGUUUCUAUGCAGCAGAAGUGCUGCUGGCCCUGCAGUACCUGCACCUGCUUGGGUUCGUGUACAGGGAUCUUAAGCCGGAGAACAUCCUGCUGCACUCGAGCGGCCACAUCAUGCUGACGGACUUCGACCUGUCCUUUGGCAAGGGCAGCACCUCUCCCAGGGUGGAGAUCAUGGCACAGACCAAGGGGAAGAAGGGGAAGAAGGACCACCUUCCCCCAAGCUCGUACCAGCUGGUCGCCGAGCCGCAAGCAAGGGCAAACUCGUUUGUGGGAACUGAAGAGUACCUUGCUCCUGAGGUGAUCAACGCUGCAGGCCACGGGGCUGAGGUGGACUGGUGGUCGCUGGGCAUUUUGAUCCAUGAGCUUGUCUAUGGCUACACCCCUUUCCGUGGCUCCCAUCGUGAUGCCACUUUCAGCAACAUCUUGCGGAAGUCGAUCACAUUCCCAGACAAGCCAGAAGUUUCCGCAUCAUGCAAAAGCAUCAUCUCGCAGCUUUUGAUCCGAGACCCUUCAAAGAGGCUUGGCGGGAGGGCAGGGGCAGAGGAGAUCAAGGCCCACCCAUUCUUCGAAGGCAUAAACUGGUCGCUGAUCCGCAAUGAAGACCCGCCAUUUGCACCCAAGGCUGCGCAGGACAAGCGUGGUGACCCUGGUGUGAAAGACUUUUAA